CACACACACACACACACACCCACACACACACCCACACACACACACACACACACACACACACACACACACACGCACACACACACACACCCACACACACACACACACAUACACACACACACACCCUCGCUUUCUCCCAGUCACUCAGUCAGUUGCACUAACAUAGUCGCUGAGGUCGGCAGCACAAAGCAGCGCUGCUCUCCCUGUCACCAGUUCACCGAGAGGAGCUCAGACAACCGACACACACCUUCACUGGAGGACCUGAACACAACCGACACACACCUUCACUGGAGGACCUGAACACAACCGACACACACCUUCACUGGAGGAACUGAACACAACCAACACACACCUUCACUGGAGGACCUGAAGCUGGAAGAAGAAGGAAAAACCUCUGGAGUUUUUCCUGAGAGACAUUUUGGGGAAAAUCAGUCAGGUUGUGAAAUUGAGGAGCAUCUCCCUGAGGCCCCCUGCUGACUGAUAACAAGCACUGCGUGGGAGCUCAAUGAGUGUGUGCAGCUAACCAGCGCUCCACCGGGGGGUGUGUGUGUGUGUGUGUGUGUGUGUGUGUGUGUGUGUGUGUGUGUGUGUGUGUGUGUGUGUGUGUGUGUGUGUGUGUGUGUGUGUGUGGCACCAUGCUGUGGACGGUGCUGCUGGCGCUGCUGGUGCUUCUCCUGCUGCAGACUCAGCUCUCUGUUUGCUUAAGGGAUCUGCGCGGCGGGGGGUCCGUUUCACCUCUUCACUCUCCUCCUCCAUCGUCCUCCUCUUCCUCCCCCUCCUCAGCAUCAUCAUCAUCCUCCUCCUCUUACAACGCUACCCAGCAGCGGCUGCCCGGAGCCAUCAUCAUUGGCGUGCGGAAAGGCGGCACCAGAGCCCUGCUGGAGAUGCUCAACCUGCACCCAGACGUGGACGUGGCGAAGGCCGAGGUCCACUUCUUCAACGUGGAGGAACAUUUCCGCCGGGGUCUGGCCUGGUACCGAGCCCAGAUGCCCUUCACCCUGCCGGGCCAGCUGACGGUGGAGAAGACCCCCGGCUACUUCGCAGCCCCCCAGGUUCCGGUUCGGGUGUGGGACAUGAACCCGGCCGUCCGGCUGCUGCUCAUCGUCAGGGACCCGGCGGAGAGGCUGGUCUCCGACUACACCCAGGUCCUCCACAACCGCCUGACGCAGCACAAGCCCUACCAGCCGCUGGAGGAGCUGCUGCUCCACCAGGGCCACAUCAACCACGGCUACAAGGCGCUGCAGAGGAGCCUGUACCACCUGCACCUGGCCCGCUGGCUGGAGGUCUUCCCCCGGGAGCAGAUCCACGUGGUGGACGGCGAUGCGCUCAUUCGGGACCCAUUUCCCGAGCUGAGGAAGGCGGAACGGUUCCUGGACCUUCCACCCAGGAUAAACCCCAGCAACUUUUACUUCAACACCACCAAAGGCUUCUACUGCCUGCUGUCGGCUGGACACGAUAAGUGCCUGGACGAGUCUAAAGGCCGACCGCACGCUCCGCUGAGCGCGCAGGCCUUGAAGAAGCUCUGCAGGUUCUUCAGGAAGCCCAACAAACUCUUCUUUGAGAUGGUGGGAAGGUCGUUCUCCUGGUGCUGAUGACACCGUCAGGGACAGACGGAGAGGAAAACUGUUUCUGAUGGCAGAUGACUUUUUUCUAAAUACCUUCUCAGGUAGAAAUGCGCUGCACUCACGUGGAAGUGACUGAAAAUCUGGUGGAUAAAACCCGAACCAAGCCGGUGCCUCUUCAGAAUCUGCAAAGCUACAACAACUGUGCCAUUAAAAAGCUCAGAGCAACCAGUAGCUCAGUUCACAGACAAGAACUGAGCGGAUGGCUGCCAUGUUUGAUUGUUGCACUAAAGACCAAAUUGCAUUAAAAGUCAAUCAGUGUAAAUAUUCUCAGUUCAGAAGCUCUGGCUCUCGUUUUUAGACGGCUGUACAAAAAUGUUUGCUUCGUUUCUCAUCAGCUGCUUUUGUUUCCGUUCUGUUAGAAAAUCUUAGUAAAGACAGAUAGUGUCUUAUUCUUACCUUUUCAAUUUUCUCACUUUCUGUCAUGUUACAAACAAAAACUUGAAUCUAUGUCAUGCGCUGCAGAAGUAAAGACAUCACUUUGAAGUGGAAUAAAAUCAUUUCUAAAAAAUAUUACUGCAAAUUUUACAAAAUGCACCAUGAAUUUGUAUCCACUGUCUUUUAUAUCAGCUCACAUAAAUAAAAUCUAGUGCAAACAUUUCCAUUCAGAAGUCGCCUAAAAUCCAUUUGUGAGUAAUUCAGAAUAAAUAAAUGAGAGAAUAUGGAGAUCAGCUUUAUGUCAACUAACAAAAACCAGAGCAGAUCAGGAUCCUGACAUUAGUUUGUUUGACCGAUUCACCGAAUGACGGCGUUAACCAGAAACCAUGAAGCACAUUGUAAUUGGAGGAGCUGCAGAGAUGCACAGCUCAGGUGGGAGAACCUGGGAACAUGACAGCCUGAACUCUAACAAUCACAGCAAAGAAAACUCAAUGUUUGGUACAAAAUCUACAGGAGACAUACAGAAAAAUGUUCUUUAAUCAGAUGAGACCAAAACUGAACCUUCAGGCUUCAGCAGCAAACUGAGAGUUCACAUCCGACAGCACAGCAGCUGCUCCCACAAGCUGGACAAUGUGAAACCAAUUCGCUUAAUGGAAACAACAUUAUAAGGUUUUCAAUGAAACGUUUUCGUGCUGGAAUGAAGCAGUUUUGCAAUGAAAACACUUUUCUCACAUCACACAAGCCACAUGUUCACACUACUGCUGAAAAAGACGAAGACAGGAAGCAGCAGGACGACACGGCUUGUUUUUUAUUCUGACAGCCACAGAAAAAAUCUCAGCUUCUCUUUGUUCAUAGAGCGUCGUGUCAUGCAGAGUGUUGAAUAUCGCAGCCGUAGCCACGUAUUUCAAAUGAAUUUAAAUAAAAUGUGAAAACUAUGAA